AUGAAUGAGGUGAAGGAGUCCCUCCGCAGCAUCGAGCAGAAGUAUAAGCUCUUCCAGCAGCAACAGUUCACCUUCAUCGCCGCUCUGGAGCACUGUCGGGAGAAUGCCCACGACAAAAUCCGGCCCAUCUCCAGUAUCGAGCAGGUGCAGAGCUACAUGGAACACUACUGCAACAACUCCACUGACCGGCGGAUUCUGCUCAUGUUCAUGGACAUCUGCUCGGAGCUCAACAAGCUCUGCCAGCACUUCGAGGCCCUGCACUCCGGCACCCCUGUCACCAACAGCCUUCUCGAGAGAUGCAAAACCCUGGUUAGCCAAAGCAAUGACUUGAGCAGCCUCAGAGCAAAGUACCCGCACGAUGUGGUGAACCACCUCAGCUGCGAUGAGGCCAGGAACCACUAUGGAGGCGUGGUCAGCCUCAUCCCUAUAGUCCUGGACCUAAUGAAAGAGUGGAUUGCUCAUUCCGAGAAGCUGCCUCGCAAAGUGCUGCAGCAUGUGAGUGAGAUCCUGGGUAACCUGGCAACUGCAGCACCAGCCACUACCAGACCUGCCCAGACCACGGUUACCCAGCAGUGGUUAGGAAAACACAAGUAUAGGCAGCUUGCAAAAGACAGCUUCAAACCUAGUGGGAAAGACAAAGCCGCCCCGAAGCCUCCCUGGAGGCCACCUGGUGGGAAACUGUAG